CAUUUGACUUUGACACCCCUGCUCUAGAGGAAGCGUAUGGAGAGAGGAAGGCUGAACUGGGGAAGACUGAGACAGAAGUGCAGCAGAUGAUCCAGGAGAGACUGAAGAAGGUUCAGGAGAUCAAACAUUCAGUAGAUCUGAGUCAGAAAGAUGCAGAGAGAGAGAUAUCAGACAGUGUACAGGUCUUUACUGCUCUGGUUCGCUCCGUUGAGAGAAGCCAGACUGAGCUCAUUGAGGUGAUUGAGGAGAAGCAGAAAGCAGCAGAGAGGCAGGCUGAAGGGCUCAUUAAAGACCUGGAACAGGAAAUCACUGAUCUACAGAGGAGAAGCACUGAACUGGAGCAGCUCUCACACACUGAGGACCACCUCCACCUCCUACAGAGCUGUCCAUCCCUCUGCAUCCCUCCACCCACCAAGGACUGGUCUAGGAUCAGUGUUCACAGUGAUAUGUGUGUGGGGACUGUGAGGAGAGCUGUGUCUCAAGUGGAGGAGACUAUUUUAAGUGAAGUGAUGAUGUUGUGUGAUGCUGAGUUGAAGAGGAUUCAGCAGUAUGCAGUGGAUGUGACUCUGGACCCUGAUACAGCACAUCAUGGUCUCAUCAUGUCUGAGGAUGGGAAACAGGUGAAACAUGGAGAUACAAAACAGAAUCUCCCAGACUACCCAGAGAGGUUCAAUUAUUUUGUCUGUGUAUUGGGAAAGGAGGACUUGUCCUCAGGGAGAUUCUACUAUGAGGUGAUGGUUAAGGGAAAGACUAAGUGGGUUUUAGGAGUGGCCAGAGAGUCCCUUAACAGGAAGGGGAAUAUCACAGUGAGCGCUGAGAAUGGAUGCUGGACUCUGUGCCUGAGGAAUGGAGAAUACAGCGUUCGUGCUAAAGCCAGUGUCCUGCUUUCCCUGAGAGAGAAGCCCCAGAAGGUGGGGGUGUUUGUGGAUUAUGAGGAGGGUCAGGUCUCCUUUUAUGAUGUGGAGGCCAGGUCUCAUAUCUACUCUUUCACUGGCUGCACCUUCACUGAGAAACUAUAUCCAUUCUUCAAUCCAUGUCUUAAUGAUGGUGGUACAAACUCUGCCCCUCUGAUCAUCUCUCCUGUCAAUGACAGACUGAGUUUAUCCUUAAAGAAUAGUUGAUGGGCAUUCUUUGGAGACUGCGGUGCCAUAUGAACGUCACAAAUGAUUGUCUAUGUCCUUAAACUCCUUAAUGAUAUCUCGUCUCUCUCAUUGUUAUGAAAAAUCAAAGCAGUAAACAUAUCCCCACUCCUAAAAAGUUGUAAUAAAUAAUUCCCUAAUAAAAUGCUUAUAGAAAAGGGUUUCUAGGGUUUC